AAUCUGUAAUCUAUGCUAUCCAUCCAUGGCGGAUCUUUAUACUUACACAGUCAAGUUUCUUUUCCUGCAGAAAUUAUGAAAAACCUUCAAUGAUUCGUUUUGGAUUUCUAUUGUGGAUGUGAAGUGUGGCGGUGCGGUCUCGGUGAUAGGGCUCGUUGGUCUCCGCCACCAUGUUCAGUGGAACGGUGCGCGUUAAGGUGUGUGAGGCUACUGGCCUUAGACCGACGGAUUUUCAGAAAAGGCACAACAUGACCUUCGGGAAGCCUGACGAUCAGCCGAUAGAUCCCUAUGUGUCUAUCGAUGCAGACGAACAUCAUUUAGACCGCUCCACUACGAAACCCAAAACAUUUGACCCUGUUUGGAAUGAAACAUUUUCACAUGAAGUUCAAAGUGCCACCAAUCUAUGCAUCACAGUAUUUCACGAUGCUGCAAUACCCCCAGAUGACUUUGUUGCUAAUUGCACAAUUCCCUUUGAAGAUCUUAUGCACAGAGAAAAAGAUGCCACAGACUUUUGGGUGGAUCUUGAGCCACAGGGGAAAAUUCAUCUCAAAAUAGAUCUUAAAUGGAAUUCUCAAGCAGCGGGCGCGGCGGCGUCGAGCGGGCCUCGGCGCGAGUUCAAAGAGGGUGCAGGCUUCGCGCGGCGUCGAGGAGCCUUGCGCCGCAGGGUUCAUCAGGUCAACGGGCACAAGUUUAUGGCCACCUUCCUUCGCCAGCCCACGUUCUGUUCGCACUGCCGAGAGUUCAUCUGGGGUCUCGGCAAACAAGGCUACCAGUGUCAAGUAUGCACGUGCGUCGUGCACAAGCGGUGUCACUCGUCCAUCGUCACGAAGUGCCCCGGCAUGCGAGAGGACCAAAGCGUGUCGGGCGGACAACGUUUCAGCGUCAACGUGCCUCACCGCUUCGUGGUGCACUCGUACAAGAGGUUCACUUUCUGCGACCAUUGCGGCUCUCUGCUCUACGGGCUCAUAAAGCAGGGCCUGCAAUGCGAAGUGUGCUCCAUCAACGUGCACAAGCGCUGUCAGAAGAACGUGGCGAACAACUGCGGCAUCAACACCAAGGCCAUGGCCGCCAUCCUCAGCGAGAUGGGCAUCACCCCGGACAAGAACCCUCGUCCCAGGGCCUCCAAGUACCUGAACACGCCCAUGUUGGAAGGCGCACCCGAUUUCAUUCCCGAAGACGGCAAGGACGACAGACAGGACGACAAAGCUGCGGAGGAGGGCGUGGCGCUGUGGGGCUCGCAGUGGAUGGAGCUCAGAGACAUUUUCACCAACUUUGAAGGUGUCCCCGUGCAGCGGACGCGGCGGUCCCCGUGGGACGAGCUGGAAGAUAUUUUCGGGUUCAAAGAAGGCGGGUCGGGCGGGGCGGAGUGCGAGGGCGGGAAAGUGUCGCUGGAUGACUUCCACUUCAUCAAGGUGCUGGGCAAGGGUUCCUUCGGGAAGGUGAUGCUGGCCGAGAAGAAGGGCACCGACGAGGUGUACGCGGUGAAGGUCCUGAAGAAGGACGUGAUAAUCCAGGACGACGACGUGGAGUGCACCCUGACGGAGCGGCGCGUGUUGGCCUUGGCCGCCCGCCACCCGUUCCUCACGGCGCUGUACUGCGCCUUUCAGACGCCCGAGAGGCUGUUCUUCGUCAUGGAGUACGUGGACGGAGGGGAUCUCAUGUUCCAGAUACAGCGGGCUCGGAAGUUCGACGAGCCCCGGGCCAGGUUCUACGCGGCGGAGGUGACGCUGGCCCUGCAGUUCCUUCACUCGCACGGGGUUAUCUACCGAGACCUCAAACUCGACAACAUUUUACUGGACAGCGACGGCCACUGCAAGCUCGCCGACUUCGGCAUGUGCAAGGAGGGCAUCAUGGACGGCGUCACCACGACCACGUUCUGCGGGACGCCCGACUACAUCGCGCCCGAGAUCCUGCAGGAGCUGGAGUACGGCCCGUCGGUGGACUGGUGGGCGCUCGGCGUGCUCGUGUACGAGAUGCUGGCGGGGCAGCCGCCCUUCGAGGCCGACAACGAGGACGACCUGUUCGAGAGCAUCCUGCACGACGACGUGCUGUACCCCGUGUGGCUGUCCAAGGACGCCGUGUCGCUCCUCAAGGGCUUCAUGACGAAGAACCCGGCGCGGCGGCUGGGCGUGGCCGGCGGCUCGUCGGGCAUCCUGGCGCACGCCUUCUUCCGGGACGUGGACUGGGACGCCCUGGCCGCCCGGCGCUUGCGCCCGCCCUUCCGCCCCAAGACGCGCGGCCGCCGCGACGCCGCCAACUUCGACGCCGAGUUCACCAAGGAGGAGCCGGCGCUCACGCCGGUGCCGCACGACGUCUUGCGGGCCAUAAACCAGGAGGAGUUCCAGGGAUUCUCGUUCGUGAACGCAGACUUCAACCCGCAGCGCGACGAGCGUCCGCCCCAGUGAGAGUCCGCCCGCCCCGCCCGCGGGUAGGCCGACGACCCACCCGAGGACGGAACCGCCGCGCCGCGCGGGCGGCCGAGGGCGCGUCGCGUAGUCCCCUUUCUAGUCACGGCUCGUGGAGCCGGAGUCGCCGUUCGUUUUGUCUUAGCGUAGGUUAAGCCGGCGCCGGCCUCGGUCGAGCGCCUCGCGGUCAAAAUAAAAAAUUAAAAAAAAAUCUUGUGCUCCUAGUCUGUUAAAAAGUAUAUUUUCCACGAAGAUGAUCAUCGAUUGUUGUAAAUAUUGAGCUGAAUCGACGCGACGCCCGAACGCGCCUCGGAGUCUCUCUUUCGGCGUCCCUUCGAUGAAACCCCUCGAACUAGGUUCGAACUGCGUCGGCGCAUCUCGCACAAUACUCAGUGUCUCAUCCGAGAUGAUGUUUUCCAUAAUGACGUGUUUCAGUAGUCCGAGUGCGUUCGGAGCGCCGGUGUCGUUUUUUUAUUACGUUUUAUCACACACCGUCGAGCCGUCCGCGGCCCCGGGAAGUAUUAUUUAUUAUAGUUAAGUCGAUACCAAAGGUUUAGUCGUAAGGAGCGAGCGAACGUGUGGCUUUGCGCAGUGUUAGCGUUCGAGGUCGAAACGUAUCCCGGCGUCGUCGUCUUCGCGCGAGGCUCGGGUCGGGCCGAUUCUUUUAUCAUUUGUGUUACUCUCGAAGCGGAGUCGGAGGCCCCUUUCGCCGAGCCCCGGCCGGGGAUCGACGACGCGCGGGAGCUACUUUACGUAGAUCGCACUUUCGGCCGCACCCGCCUCUACUUUGUAAGAAACGGCCUAUGGGUUCGAUGUGUGUCUCGUGUUAGGGCUCGUUUUAAUCGUUUCGGGUCGAGUCCGUCCGAAUCGCCUCGGCGAGGAGGAGGGGCGUGGGGGGCGGGCGGCGCUCGACCCUUCACCGUUCGUUCUCACUUCUCGUUUUGGAAAUUGGAUAUCGAGCAUCUCGAAAGCUUUCAGAUCUGAUUGAGUCUCCGUUCUUUUCGACCUCGGUCGGUCGGCGAUCGCUCUGUCGAAGUGUAGAGUGGCGCGUUCGAUUAUAUUACUAUUGAUAUGUACGAAUACGCGUCGUCCGCUUUCUUUGCUUUAAGAUUCGAUUUUUUGGAAUCUUUACAUUUUUUGUCGAUUUGUUUAGGAUUUUUUUAGUUUUAAGCAUUACGAUAGCUGUGUAAGUAGAAGAAUUUUAUUCGCGGUUUUCCGUGAAGGCUCGGGCGUGUCUUCUUUUGCCUCUCGACGAGAGCGAGUUUUAUUAUUAAUUAUACACGUGGACUUCACGAUCGAUUAAUUAAUUGUCGUUACGGGUUAACGCUCGGGACCUUCUUCCUUUUUACAAUUUUAUACUUUAAGUCGUCUUUAUUCCCGUUCCCGGUUCGGAGGCAGAGCGCGGGGUGGGAUCUUUUUGAUUUUACGUAAUAGAGGUUUUGUGCCAAAUCACACGAAGCGUUUAUUUUUGUUUUGCAAUUCAUAAGAGACCAGAGAUUUUACGAGAUGACGAGAGUUUAUAUCUAAAGUUACCUAAUUAAGAUAAUAUUUGUAUGCGUUUUUAUUGAUUUUGUUGAUUGAUUUGAUGACGAUCAGAUGUUUAUUAUUAUUGUUGUUCGAUAUAUAUAUAUAUAUAUAUGAUAAUGACGCUUACUCAAUCGUGUUACGCGCCGAGUACGUUGUGUUUUGAUCGUAUGGUCUUUAGUGAAUCGGCAUCGACCCGAUCCGCUGAACUUUGACCGUCCGCUGUGGCGUUUCGUCCUUCGAGGCGAGGACGUCCUUCCGGCAGAUCGGAGAACCGCGCCCGAGGCGAUGCUUCAUCCGCUCUCGACGUUCCCACCGUGACGAAAACAUUUAACGAAACCUCGGGAACGAUGACGAGCGUCCCCGAAGCCGAGGACCAGAGGUAGUCUUGCCAUAAAAUAUAGUUAUCGUGUAAGUCGCUUCUCGCGAAGUGUUGUCGGAUGUCGACGGAGGAUAUCUCACUUUGUGUCGGGACGGUUUUUCAAAAGUGAUGAAUUCGGUUUUCACUCGUCGGGAGGCACGCGUAGAGUGCCCACGUCGCCCACGGACGCCGGGGCUCCAAGCCAUUAGUCCGAACGACUCCUCGGGCCGCUCCCCGUGGCGAGGGAACCGUCGUCCCUUACAGCCGCAGUUCGAAGAUGCGAAUCUUGAUUUUGCCCAACUGCAUCUGCUCAGUUGAGCACGUUAAGUUUUUGAAGGCUAACUUAACCUUGUCUUCCAAAUGACCGUGAAACUGAACAUCUGUUCUUUUCCUUGAGUCGUGUUCUUUUCGCCCGCUCGCCAUCGAUGACGUCGAAUGAGCUUGAGAAUCUCUAUAUAAAAAGGGCGUUGUCCGUGGGUGUCUCACAACAUUUUACAAAAUAACACUAAAUAGAAAAUGAAUUCCGACCGACAGACAUCGUUUUGAAAAGCCGCCCCCUACUUAGUCGUAGCUAACACGGUACAUAAUAUUGUAAUGUAAUUGUUGUUUGUUCACGGAUCACUAUUAGAAACACAUUUAGCGGAUAAAUUAAUGCAUAUAAUAUAGUUUUAUGAAAUAAAUAUGUAUAUGUAAUCCUACAUGUCUAUUAAAUCAGUGAAAACGA